AUGUUCGGAGCGUAUACCCCAGCCAACAUCUUCGAGGGCAUGUACGCGGCUGUCGCGCGACGCAAUCCCCGAACAGGUCUUGACCCCAGUGGUGGCAAGGAAGGCUGGUAUCCCGAAGAGACGAUCACCAUGCAUGACGCAUUGCAGGGCUUCACUAUAAACCCCGCCUACGGUGCUUUUCUGGAAAACAAGGCUGGUGUCAUUGACGUGGGCGCGUAUGCCGACUGGGUAGUAUUGGAUGAACCACUUUACAACAUGGAUGUCGAAAGCCUACGGAAACUAACGCUAGGCGCAGAUCACAUUCUCCACGUUACUACGACGCUUAGCCGCUGA